GGUGCGCUGACAGAGUCAACGGGCACGCCCCUCCAGAUGUGCAGUCUCUUGUCACCAUCUGGUGGAUGAAGCUAUUGACUACAGCUAUGCUGCCUGAUUCAACUUCAGCUCUUCUUCUACUAAUCGUCCUCCUUGUUCACCCCUCUCUUCCGACCUGUCGGAUCGGGACCCAAAGCGAGUGUGAUGCUGCUCCUUUUGUACCAGGCCACAGCCUGGUGGGGGAAGGUUUUGAUAUAGUCACACUGCAAAGAAAAGGAGCUCAUGUGAUUGAUGUGAAGACUUACCUGAGCCCCAGCAAAACCUGUAAACUCUGCACCAACCCUAUUCAAAAUGAUGCCUACCAAAAACGUCCAUAUUCUCUUGCUUCCUGGGGUGCCAGUCCAUGCAAUCCUGACAUCAUCAGCAGUUAUCACACCUCUGUUAGCUCUCUGAUUAAGGCUUACACAUCCCAAGACACCAAUGAUUGGACGUCUGGCUUGGAAAUUGAAAAGGUUUUGUUUGACAACUUUGAUGUGGGAGGAACCGGCUCCAACGCCUACAAGUUCGCUUCACAACAGAGCAAAGAGGACCGCUACACUUUCAGCACACACAGUGUCACCUGCAACCAUUAUGAAUUUAUAUUAUCACCCACACCUCCCUUAAGCGUAGAGUUCAAAAAGCAGUUAGACAUCCUGCCAAGUCACUAUGACUCCUCUACUAAGAAUGAGUAUAGAGAUCUCAUAAACACCUAUGGCACACACUACUUCAGACUGGUUGAACUUGGAGGGCGACUGAGACGACUGAUAUCUUCACGAAGCUGUUUGUCUUCCCUGGAUGGAUUAACCUCAAGUGAGAUCCACUCCUGUUUAUCUAUGGGUGUUGCUGUUGGCUUGGGGAAGUUGGAAAUCUCUAGUGUCCAGAAAUCUUGCAUUAGUGUCCUACAAAGCCAGGACUCUGCCACUAACUUCAGCUCUGGUCUUCACCAACACCACUCAGAGGUGUCAGGAGGAGAUGGUUGGUUGGGGGAGUUUUCAAUUUCCAAAAGUGAUUCCACAGCCUACAUGAACUGGCUAAAGAGCCUGAUAGAACAUCCAGAUGUUGUUUCGUUCUCCCUACGACCUCUCUAUCAGCUCGUGCCAAGCAAACUUCAACAGGCAGGGAUGAAAGCUGCUAUUGAGGAGUAUUUGAAGGACAAUGCUGUGAAGAAAUCACUCCAAGAGCCAGACUGUGAGGGUUCUAUUCAGUCGUCAAAAACAGUAUAGAGUGGUGAGAUCUUUCCAGGUAAAUGCAGACAACAGAUCAUAAAGUCCUGGGAGA